UGCUGACAUGGUCAAUAAAAGCACACCGGGAAUGGAAGGAAAGGCCCUUCAUCUUGCUUAAUCGGAUAUUGUUGCAUUUUUCUCAUAACCAGGCAUUGUGUAACAGAUUUUGGUGGCUAAUAAGUGGAUUCCAGGCUUCUUAGGUUUUCUAGUUGAAGAACAGGAGCAAAAUAUUUGGUAAGAAUGAUUUUGCACCCGAACAAGAAACAUCAGAUUUCAUACAGUUGAUCAAGAAAAUCAUGGCUUGGAAAUGGAUCAAGGCAUUUGUUUAUUUGUCGGUGUGUGUCACUUCAGCUCUGGGUGAUGAUGAGGAAGCGUCUGCAAGCAAGUGUGCAGACUUCAACAACACCACCUGGCUGGAAUACAGACAGGCCACCAAGCUUCAGGUUUAGUACCUUCUGUUGACCCGAAAGAAUGCCAACUGUGCCAGUCUGUUCACACAAGACUGCCUUAACCACACCCAGAAACACACUGCUUACUUCAACUCGUCACUGCCCACCAAAGUCAUUGUUCAUGGAUACAGGGCUCUAGGCAGUAAACCGUCCUGGGUGAGUGGUUUAGCUCAGGCUCUACUGAGAGAAGAGGAUGUGAAUGUUCUGGUGGUGGACUGGGUCUAUGGAGCCUCCUUUGCUUAUAACUUGGUGGUGGAGAACUACAAGGAAGUGGCAAUUCAGAUAUCGGUGCUUAUUAAUCAGCUUACGAAAUAUGGAAGCACGCUGGAAUCAUUUCACUUUAUUGGUGUGAGUCUUGGAGCACACGUGUCUGGAUUCGUGGGGACCUUAUUUCAUGGCAAGCUGGGUCGAAUCACAGGUUUGGAUCCAGCAGGCCCGAUGUUUAAGAGUGCUGAUCCGUUUGACCGUUUGGAUUCAUCUGAUGCCUUAUUUGUUGAGGCCAUUCACACUGAUUCUGACUAUUUUGGGAUAUCCAUUCCUGUUGGGCAUGUGGACUUCUUCUUAAAUGGAGGAAUGGAUCAAGCUGGAUGUGCUCGCUCAAGGUUUGCAUCAAUGUAUGGGUAUGUCAUUUGUGACCACAUGAGGGCUCUGCACGUCUACAUGAGUGCCCUGAACGGCUCCUGUCCACUCAUUGGUUUUCCCUGCUCCGGUUAUGAGGAGUUUCUGGCAGGAAAAUGCAUCACCUGUGACGACCCCUUCAAUGGCACGUGCCCACAGAUAGGCUUGUUGAAGAACAGUGGGAUAACAGCGACUCCCCUGCCAAAUCAAGAGAAGGUUUAUCUGCUGACCACUGCUUCAGGUCCAUUCUGUGCACAUCACAUCCUUGUGGAGUUAAACGUUUCCCGUUUAGACAAAACUGCAGAGGUUCAGCUCAUUCUGAAAUCCAUUGGACAUCCUGAGACGGAGCUCAAUCUCAAACUAUAUACAGACGAAACAAGGUAUAAAACGGUGGCUGCACACCCUGAGCAGCUGUGUAAAAUUGACUCAAUGCAGCUGAUAAACACUGGAGGUCGAUUCUACAGACAAGGAGACAUUCAUUUUGAGUAUAUUUGCAUCUCUGAAAUCCCUCAAACCAGAGGGAUGGAUCCACUAUGUGUAAAGAACAUUCAUAUUGGACGUGGAGUACCAUGGUCACAUGACUUUGUACAGGUGUGCUAAAUUAAAAAAACAACAGCAUAAAAUCUGCUUUGAAGAGCAUCUGCAUUAACCAGCUUUUCAAGUCUUAAAUUAGUUAAACUCUAAGCAAAGGUCACACACUUACACUUGGGCUGGGAAGCAUUAAAGUUCUGCAACAAAGACUUAAACAGGAUACAAGGGGACUGAAAUGAUUCAGUGUUAGAUUUAUUUAUUGUGUUUUCACAAAAUGACACAUUUAGCCCUAAUAUAAUAUCAAAUAUGAUUUCUGAUACUUUUGUUUUAUCUGUGAGCUCUUCCUGAGAAAAUCAGUUUUAUUUAAAGAGAGAGUUCACCCAAAAAUAAAAGUUCUGUUACCAUUUACUCACUUUUUCAGGCCUGUUUGAGAUUCUGACUUUUACUGAGAGCAAGAGAGAUUUUGAAACCCUGAAAUUAAAAUUGACUUUCAUUGGUAGUGACUUCAACAGCAACCAGUUUCUAACAUUUUUCAAAAUCUCUUCUUGUGUAUUCAAUCAAGAAAAGACACUUAUAAAGGUCUGGAACAACUUGAUGGGCAGUAAAUUCCCUUUUUGGGUGAACUGUCCCUUUAAUGCAAAUUUUCUGUUCAGUUUUGUUAGAUAACAAUCAACAAGAGAAAUAUUGUGUAUUAUAAAAGACAUUUACCAUACCAUAGCUAUUCUGUGUGUUCAUAUGUGUACUGAAAGUACUGAUGUUUGAUCAUUUGAAGUGGUACAACAACAUUCAAGCAACAUUUUAUUACCCUCAUUAGUGUUUGUAACUGCAUACCUAAUACGGUGCUAAUUACUGCUUUAUGGUGGCAUCUUAAGAGGAAUAUCAAGUCACAUUUUAACCCAGCACUUAACAGUUGGCCCCGUGAAAAUACAUUUUCACAAAAUGGUCAGUCUCAAUAACAAGAUUCUGAAACAUUUACUAGCAUUCUAAUAUGAUUAAACUCACACUUAUGUAAUAAAUCUCUAUCAAUUUAAUAUCUUUCGACUGCUGAAGUGUUAAUUUUUUAAUUUGUAGUAUUUAAACUUUGUCUCAGUUAUUCCAAACAGACUUCCCUACAAAGGACACACUAUUGCAAAUAAACAUAAAUCAGCCAUGUUGAUCAAUCACAGCAAUGUGGAAUCAUAUAUAACACAGUAUCUAUCGGAAAAAACAGUGGUUUGGGAGGUUUUGUCCUGAAAGCAGUACAUUUGCACAUCCUUAAACUGUUCUGUGUGAGUGUGGUCGUAUGAGAACAAACAGUUUUUGAUGGGAGAAGUGAUUCAUCUUGACUCGUCGUCUCUACAGCUUUGGGGUGUCAUUAGGGGCCAGUGGGGCACGUCCUCUUUGGUAUCGAGGUGGAAAACGUCCUGGAGGAUCGUCCUCUGUUAGAUUUAUGGAAAAGGUGACAAAUUAAAAUAUAAUUGAGAACACUGAAACAAACAACAUAAACCUAAUUACAUGUUUCAAAACUAGUAGUUUUGGCAUUGUUUUCGGUGGUGCAGGCUGUAUUUCUGGAUAUGAUUCAUGAAUCUCAUUCCUUUGGAAACUGGCAUGUGAAGGUCAUAUCUCAAAUGACAGCAGCGCCCUGCUUCUCUCACAGCUGUCCCACUAUUCAGUGCUCUGCAAAGCACAAUCUGGCCCUAGCUGCAAAAGCCAAGCAUUUGGAGAGGGGGGAGCACUGGAUAAACAGACCUGGCAUGUUUGGAUCUCUGGAUGUCCCAAAACACUUUGUUUAUCAUUCAGCCUCUGGCACAACAUGUAUUUGUCAAUAAAUAAAACCAGCAUUGAAACAU